UCCUGCGGAACAGCCAGAACCGCACCCUUCCCCGGCCUUCAUACGUAUUCUUCGCCUCUUCCCCUCCUCGCGGAUCUUGGAUUGAUUUGAGCCCGAUGGCGGCCGCCGGCGUCUGCCGCUCCUCCGCCCGCGAGGACCUCGAGAAGGUGUCCGACCGCUGCUCCCGUCUCUGCCCCGACCUCUGCGAUCGUGCGAGUAGCUCCUCGUGGGGAUUGAAGGUGGCGAUGGUUCUGCUUCAUGUGACGUUCGUGGGCGUUAUCUUCCUUUUCGAUGCCAAUUUGAUACGCAAGACUAGGGAGGAGCCAUGGUUUACUGCAGUGUACUUGGUGGUUUUUGUAGCUACAUUAGUUCAGUAUUUCUUAACGUCAGGCUCAUCUCCAGGGUAUGUUAUUGAUGCAAUGAGGGCAGGAAAUGGAUCAAAUACUACUUACAUGAAAUCACCAAUUUUAAAACAGUCCAAUUCAAGGAAUGAGAACAUAAUUUCUUCUUCGACCCAGAACCAAUUAGAAAGACAAAGUUCGUACUCGACUUCUUUCUGGUCGAAGCUAGUUAUGGACCUCUACCCUCCUGGAUCAGCAAUCAGGAACUGGACUUGCACUUACUGUAAUAUCAUUCAGCCUCCACGGGCAAAGCACUGCCAUGAUUGUGACAAAUGUGUCCUUCAAUUUGAUCAUCACUGUGUUUGGCUAGGAACUUGCAUCGGGCAAGGAAAUCAUUGCCGAUUUUGGUGGUAUAUUUUCGAAGAGACGAUCCUUUGUGUCUGGACUGUUGUAUUGUACAUCACAUUCUUGCAUUCAGAAAUUGUGAAGGCUUGUCUCUUCUGUUUGGACUUUGGGAUGCUGACCAUAUCUGCUUGGGCUGACCUUAUCAGGUGGAAGGAUUUCAUUGCAAUAGUACUAUUAGCUUUGUUGUUGUUUUGCCUCAUCUUUCUGCUUCUGCUGCUUGUAUUCCACAGUUACUUAGCAUUAACAAAUCAGACUACUUAUGAAAUGGUGAGAAGGCGUCGCAUAUUGUACCUAAGGGGAAUUCCAGAAAAGGUUCAUCCAUUUAGCAGGGGCAUCUCCAAAAACUUGUACACCUUUUGUUGCCCCAGGGGCAGCAGAUACACUCUGGAAGCUAUCCCAAUAAUGGAGGAACUAGAAGAAAGAGCAAGACCUUACACCUGUAUCGACAUUAUUUCUUGUAGGUGUUGUUGAUCAAUUCCGUUCAUCGACCAGAUGAUGUAUUCUUUCCAAUGUAUCUUGUCAUCCUGUUUUCUUUCUUUUUCUUUUCUUUUUUUGUGUGGCUGAUACGAUUAGGUUGCAUUUUGUGUGUCAUAUUUCUUCCACAAUAUCGAUCCCUCUUUUUAGUGAGCAAA